CCUUUAUAAAGACCGAGACAAACGACAGAGGGCCAGUGUGGACAGGUACCGCAGAGCGAAUAGGACGCAUUACGAUUACGCACGCCUCUUUCCAUUUCCUGGCCUCGACUUUAACAGCAACAACUUAUUGAGGUUGAUUAUAACGCGUCGUGUGUGUUUCCUGACAGUCACCAUGCCAAAGGGUUUCCUUAUAAAACGUUCUAAAAAGGCUGGUCCUGUUUCAUACAGGAUACGCGAGGAGGACUUGGCGCUGGACGCCAACUGUUCUCCGCUGGUCGAGAAUACCCCGGCUCAUGCACUGCCCUCGGUGUGCCACAACUUUAUCAGAGUUCUCAGCCCGGGUAUUUUCGGUGGAAUGCCAGAGUCUCACCGUGCGCCUUCACUGAGCCCGACCCGGCCUGACAGCGAGGGAUAUCAAUACACACCCGUGGACGCCGCUCAUCAAAUGUUAAGCUUUCUUUCUCCUGCUCCAUCAGAUACCUUUCCCGAGGCAAAUUUGGGAAGCUUCACCAUUGAUGGUUCCCCAGUGUCGCCGUCUCUUCCGGAGAUGACCACCAGACUGGACACCAUGUGCGGGAAUGCUAAAUCUGCAGCAAUGAAGCGGCCUGCCUCCUCCAACGCGAAAUCUCCCCAUACUAAUUAUAAAAAGCGCAAGUCCUCAAGCUCCCAAAACCAAGAGAAGAAGUCCAGCGUCCGGGAUGAGGUAACCACAUCUCCCGUCCUCGGAUUGCGCAUUACAGAGGAGGCAGAGGAUGAGGUGAAGCAGCGCUCCAACACCAGCAGUCCGCUUGGAGAAUUCAUCUGUCAGCUUUGCAAGGAGCGGUAUGCAGACCCUCUCACUUUGGCCUUCCACAAGUGCUCUCGCAUUGUCCGAGUCGAAUAUCGCUGCGACGAGUGUGACAAAGUUUUUAGUUGUCCUGCUAACCUGGCCUCCCACAGACGUUGGCACAAGCCAAAGGGUUUUCAAGUGGAGAGAGUCUUGUCACAGAGAGAGGAGAGCCGACCUGACACACCAACAGCCAGAGAGGCGCUCCCACCCUCCCCGCUACCCUCAGACUCGGGCUCUGAUGAAGAAAUUAUGUUCAGCUGCCCACAGUGCUCAAAGAAAUUCAGAAAACAAGCGUACCUGAGGAAACACUUGGCCUUGCACAAUAGGAAAGCAGCUAGUCAUCCCCAGAAUCAGUCUCCUUCGGCCAAAGUCUCCGACCAACAACACAUCAGCCCGCUCAAGUCCGGCCUAGAAACACCCGAGCCCUCCGCCAAAUACGCAGGGACUGAGUGCAUCACAAAGGUGACAGGAGAGGUGAUUCCGUGUCGAUUUUGUGGUGAUAAUUUCUUCUCCUCCCCUGGCCUCACCGGACACAUAAACAAAUAUCACCCAACGGAGAGCAGACAGGUCAUCGUUUUGUCUCAAACUAUUUAAUGACCUCAGACUGUUUGCUUCGGCAUUAUGACUGAAUUCCAUGUUUGGACAGAGUUCUUGUCAACAAUUGUGAAAUCAGAAAUGUUUCUCCUGAAUAGUAGGCUAUAGUUUUGUGUAAAUUAGUUUUGUUUUCUACAAAGUUAUAUUUAUCUAUCUAAUCAAUUAUUUAUUUGAUAUUUAUUUAUUUGUUUAUUUAAUCAUGUAUUUGUUUGUUUAUGUAUCUUCCCACAUUUGUAUUAAUCAUGUUGCUUUUGACUGUGAUGAUGUGCGUAAUGACAGAAAAGCAAUCACGCAUUGCUUCUAAUUACCGCUGACCAAAUUAAUGUGUCAUAUUUUUCGUUGAAACAAUAUUAUCAUGCCAACUUCUUCCUAAAAUAAUAAAGGGAGUAUAAAUCUA